AUGAUAAAAGAGGGUGGUGUCAUUUCUUUGUGGAGAGGAAAUUGUGUGAACGUUCUCGAGCUUGCUCCUGAAAGGGCUGUUAAGGUGUGGUCCUAUGAACAGUAUAAGAAGUGUCUUUCUUCUGAAGGAGCCAAAUUAGGAACAAAGAAAUUUGCUUCUGCUUCUUUGGCUGGUGCCACUGCUCAGUCUUUUAUUUACCCCUUAGAGGUUUUAAAAACUAAUUUGGCUGUAAGUAAAACUGGACAGUAUUCUGGGUUAUUGGAUUGUGCCAGGAAGAUCUGGAAGCUUGAAAAGGUAACAGGCUUUUACAAAGGCUAUAUUCCUAGUCUUCUGUCAUACUGUUCCCAGGGAGGGGAAGACAGAGACCGAGACCGACGGCUGGGGCACUGGACGCUCUCGUUAGAGGUGCUCGUCAGAGCAAUUCAUUUACCUGCUGCCGCAGGCCCGCUGCGUUUGCCCGGGGAGAUCCUCGACGCCCGAGCGCUCUCUCGACGCUGGGAUAGGCGUUCCUCUCCCCAAACUCCCCUCAGCUCCCGGGUCGACCGUAGGCUGUAA